GAAUUCUGUGCUCUCAAUUAUUCCAUGUACACCAUGCCUAAGAUUAAAUAAUUACUUGUUCCUACAUGUCUUUCUCACUGAGUUUUUCAACAGUUCUCCUGGGAGCAUUCUCUGACUGAGAAAGGGUUUGUUUGUGUUUGCAGAGCAGGAAAGAAGAACAACAGUGCAUAAAAUAUAGCACUAGAUCUAAAAUAAUGAAGUUAAUAGGAGCAGUAAUAAUUAUUUUUGUUGUGGCCUUGGAUGUGGCAGCAGGAAUCCUUGGUUUGAAUGCAAAUAAUUCCCAGAAUAAGGAGAAGCAUGUACACUUCUUGUUUAUAGAAUGCAGGCAACCAAGUCAUGAUGCUUUCCACCUGGGAGUGGCAGCAGCUUCACUAUUGUUGAUUGCCCAUGUGAUUGGCAAUGUUGCAGGAGGGUGUAUUUGUUAUGGGUCUAAAGAGGAGCUUGCGAAUUCUCCUGUCAACAAGCAGGUUGCUGGGAUUACCCUCCUCCUUUCAUGGAUAAUGCUUGGUAUUGCAUUCACAUUGCUGAUACUUGGAGCCAUGUACAAUGACCAUUCAAGGUCUACUUGUUCAAUUAGUCGCCACAAGUUUUUGUGGUAUGGAGGAGUACUCUGUUUUGUGCAUGGAGCACUGAUGACUGCAUAUUAUGUUUCAGCCACAGCAGUCAUCGGUGAUGAUAAAAACAUGAGAGGUCUCCCCAUGGCAGAAAGAGGGCGCAGUAAUUUCUGAGCCAUCUUGGUUUUAACCAUUUUUGUAAAACUAAAAAUCCAUUGAAGAGGAUUUUCUUCAUCAAGAGAAAUUUCUACUCAAUUAAGUAUCAAACAUUCCAGAAUGUCAUGCCAGUUACUCUGUAGUAGGGAUUCCAAUUUGUAUUUAUGUGUUUGUUUUAUCUCAAUCUCUCUUGAAUUAGAUUAGGGGGUUUACUGUUCGAAACCCACUAUGGAGAUUUGAUGAAAUUGUAGAGUGAAGGGAAGUGUGGGUUUGCUGUGUGGAUUACUUUUCUUGAUGUAAUCAUUUCAAAUAUUGUUUUAUCAUUUUGGUUGCCGGACUAGUUUUUGAGAAUGUAAAUUCAAAUCCAGAUUUUAUAUUAUGUUUUAGUUCUUCCUUGA